AUGGCAAAGGAAGCCUCGAACGCGGCAGUGGCACUUCCGGAUAAGCUCGAUUCCAGCAAGCUUGUAGCAGAGACGGUCGAUGGCGUGGCGGGGGAAAUCCCUGUUAUCGCGUACACGGAGAAGGUCUUGGCAGAGAAAGAAGCGAACCUAAGAAAGAUCAUCCAGGACAACUACGCGAAGAUCCAGGCGGUGGAGAAGGAGCUGGAGGCGCUGCACCUGGAGGUGAAGCUGACGUCGGGCGCCAAGAAGGCCGGCAUGGAGCUGCUAAGGCAGAAGAUCGAACAGAGCACCGAGAAGGCCAGACUGCUGCGCAAGAAGGAGGAGCAGGCCAAGAAGGUAUGGGAGGCAGCAGCAAAGUUGGUGGAGGAAGAGGAGCAGAGGAAGCAGCAGCUGUGUGAUGACCUCCGGAUGAUGGUGCAGCAGAACGCCCUGCAGCAGUAUGAGCGGCUGGAGGCACUAACACACAAGCUGGACGCACUCAACCCCGAGAUGAGGGGCCCCGCACUGGAGGCCAUCCAGGGCCUGCGCGCCAAGAUCGCCCCCCACGGCGUCCUUCCCGUCUAUACAUCGAAUGCUGAUCCAGCAGCGCAAGGCAGGGAAGCACCUGCGUCUGCCCAGGGCACAUGCGCCCCAUUAGCCGACCCUGCGGACGCCACCAGCAGCACAGCGCCCGCGUCAACGGCAGAUGCUCCUGCCACCACCCCCAAAGCCCAGGGGAAAGAGGGGGACGCGCAGAGCCAAGGGCAGGAAGGUAGCUCUGGGACCACAGCAGCAGCAGCAGCAGCAGCAAAUGGCAGUAAAGGAGCGGAUGGAAGCGGAGCACCAGCAGCACGGCUGUCCAUAAGCCGUGGGAGAGGCAGGGGGCGGGGGAGGGGGUUGAUUGCCAAGGGGGGAAACAAGGCGGGAGGGGAUGGGCAGUGGACGGGUGCAGGGUUUGAUGUGGAGGAUGAGAGCUUUGCGUGA